CGCGAUAGGUUAAUUGUCUCACAUGUUGGAUCAUGGAUGGAGUUGUUGACAUGCACCGUUAAUGAUCAUCAUCAAUUCCCUAUUCAUUGUCUUUGACAACCAGUUGUGAAAUCACAAAACUUCAACCCGAAAUGAAAAAAAGCUGGAGGUUCAGAUGGCAGGUACUGAGCUAACAGGUGACAACACCUGCCUGACCUUUGUUCUUCAUAACGAGGACCACACCCUGGGAAAUGCCCUCAGAUACAUGAUCAUGAAGAAUCCUGAUGUUGAAUUUUGUGGCUACAGUAUACCCCACCCUUCCGAGAAGAAAGUAAAUCUCAGAAUACAAACAAAAGGUCUGCCAGCAGUUGACGUCUUCAAGAAAGGCCUGUCAGAUUUAACAGCAUUAUCAGAGCAUGUCCUGGAAACAUUUGAAAUCAGCGUUCAGAAUUUCAAAGCUCAACAACAGGAGGAGGAAAGCAUGGAGGUUCAAUGAAGAGAAUCUGUGGCACUUAAAGAGGAAAAUCUGCGUGAUUUUAGAAACUUGCCAUCACGGACUGAACUAAACACAAGUGAAUCUUGCAGGAUACCCUGCAUUGAAGGCAAGGGACAAGAUUCCUGGAACGAGUGUCAUACUAUGAACUGGGCCACGGUAGUUUGAGCUUGUGUAAGAAGAAGAGCACCGAUUUCAUGACUACAACAGUUUUUAUCACCUCAGUUUUUGGGAGUUUUGAAACUACAUGUCCCAGACUGUUGGAGGACUUAGGAGGAAAGUGCUCAAGUAUUCCAUAUAAUUUUUAUAUUUUGUUGCAGUAAAUUAAUUAUAUUGUCACUAUCUGUUGGAGUUAACGGAACAUCUUGAAUAUGCUGUCCUUUGUGUUUGUAUAACUGUAAUACAAAUAAAUGUCAAAUAAUAAAGGGACUGGUAGCUGAAAGCUUUAUAAUUUAACGGGCCCUCUGUUGUCAGGAUGUUGCCAGUAUUUAAUUUCUAUUACAAAUACCGUACGUGCAACGAGACGUGCUGCGUGAUCUACCUUCGCACUGGAUGCACUGUUGAGGGCGCUGUUAAUAUCGUUCUUUGUUUCGUGUAAUUGCAGGUAGACCCAUUUUUAUAGCUUCAUGGUUUUCUGUGGAAAUGCAUUGAAGUUCAAUUAGUGUUGCAAUAAGUAUUUUUUUGAGUUUGACGUCAUACCAACACAAUAUUUCCAUAGCGCGCUAGCGUGGGAAUGGGGUUAAUACAAAUAAAAUAACUUGGCAAUCAUGAAAACGUCAAGUCAGUCUUUUAGAAACAUAACAUAAAUAACAGAGAAGUUUAAGACCCCCUGAAAUGAGUUGGGAAUUCAUCGACCGAACUCGACUUGCUUUACAAGAGGUGAACCAGAUAUUGUUUUACAGUUCAAAUACCUUUGAGAGGAGCGAUGUCUUUAUCGCAAUAUUGACAUUAUUAAUCUGUUGUGGUAGUUGUGCUUGGACGAAACAGUCGCUUGAACUGUUCUUGUUGAAAAAUGCAGCAUGUGAUCGCCACCCUGCAUAUGUUACAAUAAUUAACAUGGUGUGAAUUAUCAGCCCCAUCGUGAAUUGAAGGAAUAAAAUAUUUCUCGUUAAUUUC